AUGGUUGCUCACUCGCGAACCCUAGCCAGUACCUGGGUGUCCAUAUUCGUGGCCCUUGGGUCAAUAUGCUGCGGAUACUCGCUGGCUAUCACCUCUACAACUCUCACGCAGCCUUCCUUUGUGGAGUACAUGGGACUUGACAAGAAUAAGCACGCCGCCGCACUCGAUGGCACGACCAACGGCAUGUUCAUUGUCGGUUGUUUCAUUGGAUCCAUGCUGUCAACGUUUGCACCUGAACUGCUUGGGCGCAAAUUGGUUGUCUUUCUCGGCACGCUCAUUGCUACCGUCGGCGGGGCUCUUCAGGCUGGCUCUGUGAAUAUGACAAUGUUCAUCAUCUUUCGGCUGGUGGCGGGUCUCGGUGUUGGUUCUUUGUUCUCGACUAUUCCUCUCUAUCAAAGCGAAAUCUCCCCACCUGAUUCUCGUGGAAUGACCGUUGGAUUUCACGGCAUAUUUGUCACGCUGGGGUAUACACUGUCAAAUUGGGUUGGCGUUGGAUUCUUCCAUGUCAAUGCCAAGGGAGCGCAGUGGCGGCUUCCGCUGGCAAUCCAAGCAAUCCCUUCGUUGAUUUGCGCAAUGGGAGUCUUGUUUAUGCCCGAGUCGCCUCGCUGGUUGGUCUCUCAAGAUCGAGGCGAUGAUGCCCGGAAAGUCAUUCAACGCCUCCAUCAUUCUAGGGGCAUCGAGAACAAUGCGUUCAUUGAGAGAGAGCUGCUGCAAAUCCAGGAACAGCACCAACUUGCGCAAAGCCGCCGGGUUGGUUGGAAAGAGAUGUUCACGGUCCCAUCGAAUCGGAGACGACUGAUGAUCGGCGUCUUCAUUAUGUUCUGCAGUCAAUUCACCGCGACCAUGAUUGUGGCGAUUUACAAUCCACUCUUGUACGGAUUUCUCGGCCACUCCACCAACCAACAACUCCUCUUCACGGCGGGAUACUCGACAGUAUCGUUUGCCGGCAAUUUUCUCAACGGGAUGACGCUCGAUUGGGUGGGCCGCGUCACUGCACUACGCAUGGGCUGGGCAGGGUGCGCGCUGGGCCUUGUCGGCAUCUGCGCCUCUCUCGGGACUUUCACGUCGACCCAUUCGCACGCCUCGGCCAUUUCGACCAUCGUCUUCUUGUACCUUCACAUCCUGAUGUACUCGAUGAACAUUGAUGUAACGACCUAUGUGUAUGUUUCGGAGAUCUUCCCCAACGAGUCUCGAAGCAAAGGCCUUUCGAUCUCGGUGGCCAGUUAUUUCGUCAUCCUCUGCACUCAACUGGAGUCGGGUGCUUCCGCAUUGGAUGCCAUUGGAUGGAAACUCAUCCUGAUCUAUUUGUGUUUUCUCGUCGUGGCAUGUGUCCCCUUAUUCCUCUACUGCCCUGAGACCAAGAACAAGUCGCUGGAGGAGAUAGGCGCCAUAUUUGGCGACGAGGUCACUCAUAUUCCACUCGAGAUUACCAAGGACACUGAAUUGGCUGAUGUGGUGGAGAUCCAUCAGGUUGAGAACAUGGCAGAGAAGUAG